AUGCAUCUGACACAUGUCUUUACAAAAGCUGCUAGAAAGUUAUUAGCUAAAAAUUCUUAUAAAACACUUAAAGCAAAAGUUGAAUCUGAGUAUGUUGAAGAUGAAUUUGAGACAUAUUGGCAGGAUAUUCUUGAAAAAUCCUUAAUGCAAACGAAUUUGGCUAAUAAAGAAAAUAAAGAACCUGUAACUAAAUGA